UUUUCAGCGGCUUUGGACUUAUGAUAUCCUAGGAUAUCAUAGCGAAUCCGAAGAUGAGACUAAAAUAAAAUUUGAUGUAUAUAUUGAGAGACGUGGUCGACACCAAGUUGGUAUAUCAGGCACCAUAGACCUCCGAUACGAUUUUGACAAUACAACUAUGGUAGGAUAUCUUUCAAAGUAUGACUUAUUACAUAGUUAUAAUGAAAAUAUAUUUAAUAAGUUUGAGGUGCAGAUCCUGCGUAGUGUCACCGGCGGUGAAAACGACUUCAAACCACUUCCCAUGGCCGUACCGAAGCAACGGCUCAUAGAUUUAAAAAGGCUGUAUGAUGAUAUUGUAUAUCCUGUUAUGAAGGAUUGUUCCAAUAUGCCAAAAAUCGAGGGAGAUAUAUUAUGGCCAUGGCCGAGGAAUAUUUACACGUUCAAAAUGUGCAAUUUCGACCAAGGAAAUUUACCGGAAAUAAUGGCCGAGGGCUACUAUAAGGUCAAAUGUACCUGUGAAGGCGAGGUCAAAUGGAUCGUGACCUAUUUUAUGCGUAUGAAAACACAGCUGAUCUAACGAUACGAACAAAGAUAUAUGAAAGCUUUUGUAAGCAGUUUCUUUUCUUUUUUUCUUUUUUUGUUCCUAAUUUUUUUUUAAAGUAAAGAGUCUAAAAAAAGGCAAUAAAAUCUUCUGAAUUGAUAUUUGAUGUAA